AUCUUCAAGAGGCGCAUCCAUGGACUAUGAACAGAGAGAUUCAGUUUGUUUAACAGAUAAAAAGUUAGAUAUUUAAGUGUAAAUUCUUCUUAUAAAGUAGACAAGAAACGGGAAGAUUUUAGAACUACUUCACCUAUCGCAGCUGGAAAGAAUUCUGGUUGUCACGUAGUGUUUUGGGCGUUUUAGAAAAUACCAAAAUCUCCAAAGGCCAAGUCACUGAAAGAAUUCAAAAGACAGAAAAACAAGCUUUUUAUUGAUUUCACCUGACUGGAAAAUAACCACAGCUAACGUCUACUAGCCUGACUUUGACAGAAAGUCCGAAGAACCAAAUGGAUGAAGUUUUUUCAUCAGGAGAAAGAUCAUAAAUUAAGAAACCUGUAUAACAAAGGUGCUUUAGGAAAAAUAUCCUGACUCCCAGUUUGAAAUACUUAAUUUUCAAGAAAUUCAAGUUACUGCUCUACAUGCUCGUCUUCUCAACUACCGCCGCAAUGGUCAACAGAGCGCCAGUCCUGUCGGGGAUGAAGGUAGUCGUGAUGAUGCUUAUGAUUCUUGGGAAGCAAGCAGAGACCAUGACUACAGAGAGAGGCUUCGGAAGACCUCCCCUGGAUCCUCUUCCUACAUACACUCAAGUGUCAGGUCUUCCGCAGAAGGCGUUCACAGUAAGUCCGAGCCAGUACCUGAAACGCUGGCUCCUGAGCGUCAAAGCAGCCGGGCUGGAUGGGACAACAAAAGCCGCCGACAAAACCACUACAAAGACCGUCACCGACCGGGACAGGGCCAGCCGACCGAGGAUCGGUCUGGAUGCAGCCGAUCCGGAUAAACGAUCCAAGAUGCUCAAGAUGAUCUCGUCCCUGGAGGAGCUGCAACGGGCAUUUACACUGGGUUCACAGAUCACUAUCAUACCACGAGCAAAUGGCAAAAAUUCAGGAAGAAAAAAUAAAGUGCUGCCUGCUGCCGAGGGAGCGGUCAAGCCCACGACUUCUGCCCCGGCAGUGGUCGACAGCACCGCAAGCGCAGACGUUGACGGGCCGAGCCUGACGGGCCGAAACUUCAGGAAGUCUCUUCCGCCGCAGGCCAAGAAGACCAACAAAAGAGUGUGUUUUUGGAAGUACUGCUCCCAAAACUGACUGACCACUUCACCUUCCUAUCAUUUCAUUACAUCCAUCUAGAUAUCCCUCAUAUAAGUAUCUCCUAAUUAACAGUACACACAAAAAAACAGUCUUACCUGGUUAUGCACAUCUGAUAUAGUAAGCAUCUCUCCAUCCCAUUUCCCGUCCUCUCCCGUGCCUGCUCCCAGUGCUAGGAGACCGUCAUCCCCUGGCAUUAUGAAAGCCCAGCGCCUCCCACCAGGCUGGCGCCAGCCGAGUCCCGGACCUUUUCAUUCACUCAUUAAUUAACAAGACUGACCAAUCAAAGAAGACGAUGUGUGCCCGUGGCUGGGGCACAUGAACAAUCUUUUUUUUUUUUUCUCACUAAAGCUUUUUUUUUUUCUUCAUUAUAAGACAGACACGUGUCACUUUGUAUGUGUGUGCCAACUUUGAAAUAAAGUUCAUCUUUAGCAUGGAAAACUGUGACAAUAAAGAUUGAAAAUGUA